AUGUCACUAACAAGCACUGAAUUGAAUUACCUUAUUUGGCGAUAUCUACAAGAGUCUGGCCAUGAAUUGGCAGCUUUUGCCUUGGAUAAAGCGUCGAAGUGUCUGAAUUACGAACAAACUUUAGCCGUAACCAAAGUGAAGCCAGGAUGUUUGGUUGAUUUGGUGCAACGGGGUAUACUUUAUACUAUGACAGAGUCCAAAAUACCGGGGAACGAGGUUACUCUGGAAAUGUUAUCCUUAUUAGGAGCACUAGAACAACAUCAGCAUCAACAAUAUCAAGAUGAUAUAGAGAAUGAACAAUCUGAAAAUGAAAGGUUUCUUCUGGUUAUAGAGGCGAAAAAUGGUUCCCGUAAUGCAGAAGAAGAUGUUGAUGUUGAGAUGAAUGAGGAACCAUCGAUAAAUAAUGAUAAUAAUAAUAAUAAUAAGCAAGAAUUACCAUCACCACCAGAGGAGCCCCCAGUACCUACAACAAUUGAGACUCCGUUUACAACAAAACAUAUAAAACCAUUAGUAUCAUUUUCUUCGAGUAUUUGUUCUGAUUGGCAUCCUGGAUCUGAAGCUUUUGCUUAUGGACAAGAAAGUUCUCUGGCAGUCAUUAGUGCCUUUAAAGAUGGUGAGAUUGCUGAAACAGUCAAACUCAAUCAUUCAAGCGCAUUAAGUGGAAAUAAUGAGAUCAACAUUGUAUCAUGGUCACCUAAUGGGAACGUUCUAGUUACUUGUGGAGGUUUUGGUGAUUUACGUGCAUGGUCGCCUGACGGAAAGCUUCGUAACUUGGCUAUUAAUACCAUUGAUGAGCCUACAACGACUACGACUAGUAAUGCUGCUGCUACUGCUGCUGCUACUGGUGGUGGUGCUACCGCAAGUACUUCUCCAGCUGAUGGUCCUAAGAAUGGAGAUACUGGUACUAAUAAUAAUAUUAAUACCAAUGCUAAUAAUGGCAGCGUUAAUAAUAAGGCUCUGAAACUAAUAUCUUCACUUAUUUGGAAUGAUAAUGGUCAAUAUCUUUUGACCAUUGACGUGAACGGAGAAGUUUGUCUCAGAGAUGGUACCAAUUUGAAUGUCAUUCAUCAUCUAACAUGCGCCGUUUCCAAUGGAGUCAGCAUUGAUGCUUGUUGGUUAGAUGAUUUCAAAUUCUCCGUAUCAACCUCAAAGAAUACCAUACGAAUCUUUAGUAUCACCAAUACUCAAUUGUCAAUAUUUGGACUCCCACAAAUAGAGGUAUCACCUAUUGGUCUCUUAAGUGGACAUGAAAAUAGCAUCACUUUGAUCAAGUUCAACCCUAUUUCAAAACUAUUGGCUUCAUGUUCUGAUUAUGAUUAUAUCAUUAAGGUGUGGUCCAGCAAUUCUUCUACAGACCCUACAGUUCUUAAUCAACGUGGGGGAGCGCAUUCACAAGACGCGGACUUAAUACUUCAUAGUUCACCCGUGGUGGAAUUGAAAUGGCUAAGCUCUCGUCAUCUUUUGAGUGUAUCCAUGGACGGAAUCCUUAAUGUAUGGGAUGUUAACACCGCUUCCUCAUUGAUCAGUAGUAAAUUGUUUACCACUAAUGAAAACUUUCAUUAUGAUGAAGAAGAUCAUGAAGAUGGUGAUAUUCCCAAAGAAAUACUUGUUUUCAAUUGUGCUGUCACUAAAGAUGGGAAAUGGCUUGCAAUUGGUGAUAGUUUAGGAAGGGUAACCAUAUGGGACAUUUCAUUCGACCAUUACUUUACUUCGACCACAGCUGAUACCAAAACCACUCGAAAUACCAUUCAUUGUGUUGGGAUAUAUGAAUUGCAGUUACCUGAAAUGGCAGAUACUGCCAGUGCCAUAGGAAUAUGUGAUUUAAAAUGGGAUUUCACUAGCACCAAGUUAUCUGUUUCGUAUAUGGGCACUACUAGUUUGAUAUUUGAGUUCAACCCAUGA